GCGCUUCCGCCCGGACUGGAACCGGGCUGCCGCAGCGGGAGGAUGAGCAAACACACAUGUAGCCCCUCCAUCCGGACGCCCCGAGGACGCACGACCAUCAUACAAUGUGUGUAUGUGGUGGGCUUCAUGGACCUGUUCGGAGUGAGCAUGAUCGUCCCGCUGCUCAGCCACCAUGUGAAGGCGCUCGGGGCCAGUCCCACCGUGGCUGGCAUUGUGGGAUCGACUUAUGGCAUCCUGCAGCUCUUCUCAAGCACAGUGGUUGGCAGCUGGAGUGACGUGGUGGGGCGGCGCCAGUCGCUGCUGGCCUGCCUGCUGCUCAGCGCUCUGGGCUACGGCCUCCUGGGGAUGUCCUCCAGCAUCGCCCUGUUCGUCCUGGCACGCAUCCCUGUGGGGCUGUUCAAACACUCCCUGUCUAUCUGCAGGGCCCUGCUGUCCGACCUGGUGUCGGAGUCGGAGCGCCCCCUGGUGAUGGGGCACUUCAACGCCGCCUCCAGCGUGGGCUUCAUCCUGGGCCCCGUGGUGGGGGGGUACCUGACCGAGCACGAGGGGGGCUUCUACACCUCCUCCUUCGUCUGCGCCGCCAUCUUCCUGGUUAAUGCUGGGCUGGUGUGGAUGCUGCCCUGGAGCGAGACUCUGUCCUGCAGCAAUGACAACAACAGCAACGACGUGAGUCGAGGUUGUCGUGACAACCACCUCAGUAAGACGGCGCUCAACGGCUCGGGGACGAACUGCCGCCGCGCCGCGGAGACCGAUCCGGACUCCGGACGUCCCGAGCGGCCCGGCGGCGGCCUCAGACGGAGGGAGGGGUCUCUGCUGCAGCCCGCCUGGAGCCAGCUCUCCUCCGUGGGAUCCAAGAUCCACGCGGUGGCGUCGUCCGACAUGUGGGACCUGUUCCUGGUGCGGCUGCUGAUGGCCGUGGCCAUCAUGCUGUACUACAGCAACUUCUCCCUGGCCAUGGAGGAGCGCUUCUCCCUCCGGCCCAAGGUGACGGGGUACCUGAUCAGCUACAGCAGCACCCUGGGCGCCCUGGCGGGGUUCCUGGUGGGGCCCGUCACCCGGCUGUACGGGAACAACAUGCCGGCGCUGCUGCUGCACUCCACGCUGCUCACCUGCUCCCUCAUCUUCCUGUACGCCGCCGCGCCCUCGGUGUGGCAGGUGCUGCUCACCUCCACCUUCUUCGCCAUUUCCACCACCAUCGGCCGGACGUGCAUCACGGACCUGGAGCUGCGGCGGGGCGGCGUCCGGGCCAGCGGCACGCUGAUCGGGGCGGGGCAGUCGGUCACGGCGGUGGGCCGGGUGCUGGCGCCGCUGCUCUCUGGCCUGAUGCAGGAGUUCAGCCCGUGCGGCCCCCCCAGCCUGGGCGUGGUCCUGGCCCUCGCCGCCGUGGCGGUGCUGCUGCUCAGGAUCCCCCAGUGGGACCGGAGGGGCCUGAACCGAGCAGCGGCGCUCCUGAAGUCACAGUAGCUCCACAGGGACCCUCCACUGGAACAAGUGCUCUUAUUGGCCGGCAGCCUCAUGGUGGCGUCGCUGUUUCCUGUUCCAGCAUUUCGAAGCCGUCCAUGUGAAGGCCUCACGUGGCGAAGGGGGCAGUGCAGUCCUCCUCUCAGGGAAAGCUCAGCUGAAAACCGAGAGCGGCUUUCAGCGCCUGCAGAGUUCCGUGUGCUUCCUGAACGCCGUCGCUCGAUCAGCCAUAAGCACACGACUAAAACACGAGCACUCUGCUUCAAAAGCGUUUCUGUAACCACUACAUGGUCUGAUGUCCUGCUGAUGGACGGUCCUCUGCAAUAACUUUACUGCUUCACUAAUAAUCAUGGAGAUGACGGACUUCUUCUGCACUGAAAGAACAUUUAAUCUAACGGGGGAUUAGAUUCCCCGACCAGGACGGUUGUUUCCGGAUGGACACUCGAGUCUCAUCCAUUUUACCUCAGCCAGCGCCAGUUAUUCUGCAGAUUCGAGGGGUGGUCGGAGUGAACGUACACUCCAGUUUUUGUGGGGGUUUUUUUUUUCUUAUAUCCUCUGAAGAGAGGAACGUUUUGAAUGAGGUUUUUUUUCCAACUUUAUUUCGAGCAGCUUGGUUUUUUUAUAGACUGGAUUUCCACUUUGAAAAGAUGAAAGAUGUGGGUUUUUAUUGCUGUAGUGACCCAAAUCAUGAAAGUACCUGCUCUCUAAAAUGCCAAAAAAUUAAUAAAAGA